UUUGACUUGUAUGUUGAUUCCACUGUUUCUUAACCUCAAUUCAUGCCUUUGAUUAUGUACUACGUUUUGAAAAUAUCCCGCAAUCUUAUUUUUAAUAAUAUGGAUUCCUACUUAACAAAAAUAAUGUUAAUACUUAUGCAUCGAACGUGCUGAAUGGAUUGUUUAUGUCGAUGGGUUUUCCGUUUUUACUAAUCUGUAAAAUACCGUAAGUGGGCGUUAGACUACGAAACCGUGUAUAAAUAAAUGACUAUGAGAAGGUAGUAUACCAAAAAACAAGUUCAGAUAAACAGCUUCUACUUUAUAGAAAAUGGGUUUAUCCAGAGUACUGAGGCAUGUUCAUAGUCAUGCAAAUUCGACAGAAAGCGAAGGAGACACAACCGCGGCCAAAACAACUGCCAUGGUGGUUUUAUUCAUGGGGUCCUUCAUCUUAGGCAGCUUACCUAUCAAACUGAAUCAGUGGUUCCAUUGGAAUUCCGAUACUAAAAAUAAUAUUUACGUUAAAUAUCUACUAGGCUUAGGAGGCGGAGUACUACUAUGUACUACUUUAGUCCAUUUACUACCAGAAGUACGCGAAAGUUUCGAUAAUCUAAAUCUCACUCCCGAUUUCGAGAUUAAUUACGCGGAAUUCUUGAUGUGCGUGGGUUUUUUCAUGAUAUAUUUCGUCGAGGAAUGUGUUCAUUCAUAUAUAGGACAUAAAAAUCAUGAUCAAGAAUCAGCGAAAAUGAAAGACGGGGAUAUUGAAGUAACAGUAAAACAAAAUUUAUCAUUAAAAGAUUCGCCAGUAGACCAACACGAAGAUCAUUCCCAUAUACCAUUAACAUUCGAUACCAAUUCCACAAUCGCCAUUAUAAGAGGGUUAUUAAUGAUCCUAGCAUUAUCCUUACACGCGCUUUUCGAAGGAUUAGCCAUAGGACUGGAAUCUUCUCCGAGGACGGUUUGGUAUAUGUUCGGUGCAGUCAGUGCUCACAAACUGGUCAUCGCCUUCUGCGUUGGCAUCGAAUUAAUCACAUCCGGCUUAAAAACUUUAAUAGUUUUAUCUUACGUAUUCACUUUCGCCGUUGUUAGUCCCAUAGGAAUGGGAAUUGGUAUAAUUGUAAGUACGGCAGAUGACGCGGAAAAUAAUUUGGUUUCUGUGAUAUUACAAAGCUUAGCUGCUGGGACGCUACUGUACGUAGUUUUUUUCGAAAUUUUACAAGGUGAUAAGAAAAACGGCAUCGUACAGUUCACGUCUGUAUUUUUCGGGUUUUUGAUUAUGUUCGGUCUAUUUUUGAUGGAUCAAUAACAUGAAUCAUUAAAUGUUUUUUAUGCUGAUUCUAUAUCUGCUUUACGUUUUUCUCUAUCACGUCUAGAUUUUGCGCAAUGUCAUAAUCUAAUUUCGAAAAACACGUUUUCCAAUAUUGCCAAAAGAAGAUUUUCUGAUUCAUUUUGAAAAAUAUCACUUCUCUUGGGUGUCUAGACAAUCCCUCUUGAAAUUCCAGCGAUUACAUCAUACCUUGAGAAAGUUUUUAUGUUUUUGUGGAAGCAUUUACCACGCUCGUCACUUUAAUCCCCUAGGUUGUCGGAGAAAUCCAGAAAACAACACAUAACUUUGUCUAAGCUAGUCCAAGCUGAUUUUUCUUUCUGAUUCAUAGUUUUUUCAAAAUUUGCGUCGUCUUUCAAAACUCGGAUUUGUAGAUCCAUGAAAAUUCUCGCCCUAAAUGUUUUCUGAUGGGAAAUUUUACAAAAGAAACGUAUUUCCAGUAGGAAUCUUCUGUCUGCAGUUCUUACCAUACCAGAGAGAUCCCAAAGAACAUUUACUUUUUUUCCUGCCUUCCAAAGACGUUAUCCUUCUCGCAGCCCUUUUUCCUAAAUUAUUAAAACUUCUCUUUUUGGUUAUUGUUAAAUUACUACAAAUAUAAUAAAACUCAUCAGGAAGAAAUUGAUUGAACUAAUCAACUCGCUAUCGUUUACUGUUUUUGUAUAUGUUUUCGGGACUUGUACAAAAUGUGUGCAGAUGAAUGAUUGAAAAGAAUUUGCCACUAAGGAAAUGAGGUAACUCUUGUACAUUGAGUUUCUGGUUCUUUAGUGGCCAGGGAAUUAUCGUGAGUUAACCACACGUGAUAGAAAAAAAAACGGAUUGCAUUUUUGAAAUCAACGUGAAAAACUUAGAUAUUUAUUUUGAUUUCGUUAUAGACCUAAAUCAAAUUAUAGCAUUUAUUCAGUGGUUCUAGAAAUUUGUUAUUUUAUUAUUAUAGAAUAUGUUUUAUUAUGCAUGGUGUUUCAAUGUAAAAUAUCGGUUAUAUCAUAUCGUUCAAGUUAUAAACAAUAAUAAAAUGUUUUUUAGAAAACUUGUAGAGGUUGAAAUAUCAUCUAGAAGGUUUAAAUAUGUUUAAAUAUAUUUGGUACAUUUAUUGAAGUACAAGAUAUGAAAUUUCAUUUAAAUACGUGUAAAAAGCUUUGUGAAACUUAUUUUAAAUACUUUUUUUGUAAUUUAGACUUCAUAUGUUGUUUGUAGUUGGAGGGUAAACAAAUUUUUAGUGAAAAAAAGCAUCAGAAUGUUCAUUUAAUAUUAAUAUGAAAUUAGCAGUAUUAAGAGAAUCAAAAAUCCACAUCAAUGACUGUUAUUUUUACGUAAAGACAAAAAUAGGACAAAACCAAUCGAAUAUUCUGAUCUUAUUUCGAACAUAUUGAAUAUAAACAAUUUGUAGUGUCGCAAAAAUAACCAUAACCUAAUUUUUUAACCUCAAAAGACUUGAAUGACUUAAUAAGAUAUUUAGAUUUGUUUAAGCAAUGGAAUUUGUUCAUUGAUGUCAUAAUGACAGACCAAACGAAGACGUUUCCUACGUUAUUUAUUGAAAAAACGACAUAAAAAGUUUAUGUGAUUCAAUUAGUUCCAAGUUUAAUCAUUGACAGCUCGACGAAAAUCUUGAAAGCAGUUUCAAUACAUGAAAGAAAGAAAUUUUCAUCUGUUCUAGUUAUUCUAUAAGAAAACUAUGAAAGUGCGGAAAUUUUACUAGAAGAUUUAAAAUAAAGAGAGUAUAUGUGGCAGGAUAUUUUGAGAUGGUGAGGUUCUACAGGGUGAAUAUACGAAAUAAAAGUUUUAUCUCUGUUUGUGGUAUAAUGAAGUAGUUGCUCUAUACUAUAUUUAACGAUUAUGGUCAACAAAAACCCAGUUUGGAAUCGUGAAAUAAAACGUCUAAUGAAAUCAAUUUGCUUAAACUGGAGAAACUUUCUCCCAAAGGUCAAAAUUUACAAAUAAAAAGAAAAUGUAGUGUUUUAAACUUUUUUUUACUAUUUUGUAAUUUGAUAUGAUUUAAAAACCUUAUAGAAAAUUUUACUUACAUAAAUUAGUUUGCUUCAAUUUUCUCAUAAACAAAAAUUUGAACUAAGAAUUUUUCCGAUUAUUGAUCAACCAUUCUCCUGGAUACAAAUGUAAACUUUUUCUGGAUAUACAUAAAUUUUUUUGUUAAAAUUCAUGUUGACCUUUUCUAUUAUGGUCAUACAACUUUUGGAUACGUCUUUAUGGGAUAUUUAUAUUUGGUUUCCAAGAUAGUCUAUGAUAUACCUUUAGAUUUGGGUAAUUUUCCCUUGAAACGCCAUAUAAAUAUUAUGAAAAUAUGUGCCAUAAAAUUGUUAAUCAUAUCUCCUUUUAUUUGGUAUUAUUUUAUAAUAAAAUUUAUUAUUUUAUUA